AAUUCUGAUCCUGCUGGUCCGAGUGCCGCCAAAUGAGAUGGCAGUGUAAAGUCUGUGGAUUCAGAGCGACAACAACGGGUGAUCUUUUGCAGCAUUACAGACUACAGCACAGGACUUUUGAGAUUGGAAAUCCGGUACCUUGGUUCGAUUAUGACUGUCCAUGCUCCUUUAAAACAUUAAGUGCCCUUCGCACACAUUUGUCAAGAUAUCAUGCAGAGGAUGAAGCUAAGGGGCCAGGAGUAGUCCUCUCUUUCACAUGUGUUAUUUGCUCAGCUAAAUAUCCCACUGAAAAAGAAUAUUUCAGACACCUCGGCAAUCACCUAAGGAGUCAUGAAACCGUACAGUGUGUUUUUGUUGGAUGUAAAUUCAAGACAAAUAUACAUGGAACAUUCUGUGUGCACAAAAGCAGAAAGCACAACCCUCAUUCACUUGAAGACUUAAAGCCAGAUGUCAUUGGGGAACACCAAACUUUACCAAAUGAAACUGAUCUUUUCGUCCCAGGUGAUAGUGAUCAUGAUGAUACCAGUAUACAUCCUCCAGUGGAUAUAUCAAAUGAAAUUCACCAAAGAAUUGGCUCAAUUCUCUUGAAGUUGGAAAGUGUGCACAACGUUUCUGGUAAAUGUAAAGAUGAUUUGGUGGAGGAGCUUCAUUUUCUAUACACCGCUUCUGCUCCAGUAAUUCGUCAGCUUGUUGAUGCAAGUUUGAAGAAGUAUAAUUGUGCUGUGGAAGAGGACAUAGUUAACAAAUUGGUAGAGGAACUAUGCAAGUCACACCCUACAAGCAAGGCACUGGGAGUAGAUGGGCCCUUUGGUUCUGUGUAUAAGAGAAGACAGUAUUUCAAGACACAGUUUGAAUUUAUCCAGCCAGUAGAGUACAUCCUUGAUUCGCAGGAGAAUCUCAGCUUUCAAUAUGUGCCCCUUCUUCAGACCUUGGAGCAUAUAUUAACCAAUAAGGAUAUUGCACAUGAGGUUUUGAAAAAAACAAUCUCAUCCACUCGGUAUGAAUAAUUUCAAGACGGGCAAAAUUUCAAACAAAAUCCAUUUUUUGCUGUAGAAGAACCAAGAAUAGCAUUACUUCUUUAUGUUGAUGAUUUUGAGGUUUGCAACCCAUUAGGGACGUCACGUAAGAAACACAAGAUCACCGCAGUUUAUUGGAUCCUGGCAAAUGUACCACCUGGAC